AUGGCGCAGGUCCAGGGGGCCAUCGGUCAGAGCCUGACGGAAGAGGAGGCCAUCGCCAUCGCCUGCCUCGCAACGGCCGGCAUUUACAACGCCCUCGAGAUCUACGUGCUCAUCUUCACGACGUUCCAGCGGCGGUCCGGGCGGUACUUCUGGAGCAUGCUGGUCGCCAACACGGGCAUCCUCCUCCACGCGUGCGGCGGUCUCGGCCGGUACCUGCAGCCGACCAGGACGCCGAUCCCCGGCGUCUUUGCCCACGUCGGCUGGUACUGCAUGGUGACGGGCCAGUCCGUCGUGCUCUGGUCGCGGCUGCACCUCGUCGUCUACAGCCGCGUCACGAUCCGCCUCGUGCUGGCCAUGAUCCUGACGUCCUUCUUCUGCAUCCACGUGCCGCAGACGGUGCUCUUCUCCGGCGUGUGGGCCAGCAGCGACCCGCGGUGGACGGAACGCUUCCGCAUCUUUGAAAAAGUCUCGCUCAUGACCUUCACGCUGCAGGAGACCGUCAUCACGGGCAUCUUCGUCCAGGCCGGGUACCGCAACUUCAAGAGCCUGUUCGAGUUCAAGGCCAGGGAGGCGCGCGUCCUGCUGAGCUACCUCGUCAGCAUGUUCGUCCUCGUCUUCGUCCUCGACACGGGCCUCGUCGUGCUCGAGUACAUGGAGCUCUUCGUCUUCCAGACGACGAGCAAGCCCAUCGUCUACAGCAUCAAGCUGAAGGUGGAGUUUGCGGUUCUGCAGAAGCUGCUGGCGUUUACUAAGAUGCGGUCCUGCGACUGCCACCGCCUCGAGGACAUCCCACGGGGGGCGAAAGCGAUGCCGCAGACGAACGAAACGACGCUUGCGACCACGGUACACUGA